AAGGUGAUCCCCCAAAGCCGAUUCAGAGACUGGGGCUGGUGUGAGCGCGCAUUUGUGGUGUGUGCGGGACGUGCAAGCCAAUUGCGCUGAAAUGCAGCUCCCCUGUUUGCCUGCAAAGAGUUGCUCCACUCCGCCAGCUGCCCAGCGCACUCGGGGAGCGCCAGGGGGAGUCCUCGCCGGCCCGGGCUUCCUGCGCCCCGGGAGCGCCGAGGGCUCGCCUGGCGGAGCUUAGCGCUGCUUGAUCGGCGCUGCCAAAGAUCGGGCGGGGUGGACACUGGGCUUCUGUGUGCCCGCUGCAGCCGUUGGCUGGCGGGCGCCCAAUCCCGGGGCAUGCCGCCGGAGCCUGGCCAGCACGCACCGUGAGAGACCAGUUUGGGGGCAGGCUUGACCCCUAGCGACCAGUAGAAGCCGGUAUCGGGAGCCCAGGCGGUGGGGCCUCUGUGAUCUAUCCGGCUCGCCGGGCUGCGACUGAGGGAGCCGCCGGGCAUCCCCCCCUUCCCCGGUUCAGAGGGAAGGAGGAGGCAUGGCUUCUGUGUUCAUGUGCGGAGUGGAGGACCUGCUAUUCAGCGGCAGCCGCUUCGUAUGGAACUUGACCGUGUCCACGCUGCGGAGAUGGUACACCGAGAGGCUUCGGGCUUGCCACCAGGUGCUGCGGACGUGGUGCGGGCUGCGGGACGUGUACCAGAUGACAGAAGGCAGGCACUGCCAGGUGCACCUCCUGGAUGACAGGAGAUUGGAGCUGCUGGUUCAGCCCAAACUUUUAUCAAGAGAGUUGCUAGACCUCGUGGCUUCGCAUUUCAACCUGAAAGAGAAAGAGUACUUUGGAAUCACGUUUACAGAUGACACAGGUCAGCAGAACUGGCUACAGUUAGACCACCGAGUUCUUGACCAUGAUUUGCCCAAGAAACCAGGCCCAACCAUUUUGUACUUUUCUGUGAGGUUUUACAUUGAGAGCAUAUCGUUUUUGAAGGAUAAGACCACCGUGGAGCUGUUUUUCCUGAAUGCGAAGUCCUGUGUACACAAGGGGCAAAUUGAAGUAGACAGCGAAACUAUCUUCAGGUUAGCGGCGCUUGUUUUACAGGAAGCCAAAGGGGAUUAUAUCAGUGAUGAAAAUGCCAGGAAAGAUUUGAAGACACUACCCGCCUUUCCAACCAAAACCCUGCAGGAGCACCCAUCCCUUGCCUACUGUGAAGACAGGGUGAUUGAACAUUAUUUGAAAAUCAAAGGUCUGACUCGCGGUCAAGCAGUGGUUCAGUAUAUGAAAAUAGUAGAAGCUCUACCAACUUAUGGAGUCCAUUAUUAUGCAGUAAAGGAUAAACAAGGGCUACCUUGGUGGCUUGGAAUCAGCUAUAAAGGAAUUGGCCAGUAUGAUUUACAAGAUAAAGUGAAACCUCGAAAAUUAUUCCAAUGGAAACAGCUGGAGAACUUAUAUUUCCGUGAGAAGAAGUUUGCUGUGGAAGUUCAUGAUCCUCGGAGGAUUUCAGUAUCUAGAAGAACUUUUGGGCAAAGUGGCCUCUUUGUGCAAACGUGGUAUGCGAACUCUUCUCUCAUCAAGUCCAUCUGGGUAAUGGCAAUUAGUCAGCAUCAGUUUUACCUGGACCGGAAGCAAAGCAAAGCAAAAAUCCCUUCAGCCAGAAGUUUAGACGACAUUGCAAUGGAUUUGACGGAGACAGGAGCACCACGGGUCUCCAAACUGGUGACACUAGAGGCAAAAAGUCAGUUCAUCAUGGCAAGCAAUGGCAGUUUAAUCUCCUCAGGUUCUCAAGACUCAGAAGUUAGUGAGGAGCAAAAGAGAGAGAAAAUCCUUGAACUCAAGAAGAAGGAAAAGCUAUUGCAAGAAAAACUCCUGAAGAAAGUUGAAGAGCUUAAGAAGAUCUGUUUGCGGGAGGCCGAGCUCACAGGCAAAAUCCCCAAGGAGUAUCCACUGAACGUAGGUGAGAAACCUCCUCAGGUCAGAAGGCGUGUGGGUACCGCGUUCAAGUUAGAUGACAACUUGCUGCCAAGUGAAGAGGACCCUGCUUUGCAAGAACUGGAGAGCAAUUUCCUAAUACACCAAAAGCUGGUGGAAGCUGCAAAGAAACUUGCCAAUGAGCCAGACCUUUGCAAAACCGUGAAGAAAAAACGAAAGCAAGAUUACACGGAUGCAGUGAAAAAGCUUCAGGAGAUUGAAAAUGCAAUAAAUGAAUACCGCAUUAGAUGUGGAAAGAAACCCAGCCAGAAAGCAACUGUUACUUUACCAGAAGACAUAAUCCCAUCAGAAAGCAGCUCCUUGUCUGACACCACCACCUAUGAUGAUUCCAAUGACACCUUCAAUCUGUCUGGGCAGCGGUCAAGUUCAGUACCUCAUUCUCCAAGAAUUCUUCCUCCCAAGUCUCUCGGUAUCGAGAGGAUCCAUUUAAGAAAGUCGUCUGUCAAUGAACAGCUUGUGGAUACCAGACAGUCCAGAGAAAUGCUGUCAACACAUAGCAGUCCAUACAAAACUCUGGAGAGGCGGCCCCAGGGAGGGCGAAGCAUGCCCACCACACCUGUUCUGACCCGAAAUGCCUACAGCAGCAGCCACUUGGAACCCGAAUCGUCAUCUCAGCACUGCCGCCAGCGGAGUGGGAGCCUGGAGUCCCAGUCUCACCUGCUCUCUGAGAUGGACCACGAUAAGCCAUUUUUCUCCCUCUCCAAAUCCCAAAGAAGCAGCAGCACAGAAAUCCUGGAUGACGGGUCUUCCUACACCAGCCAGUCAAGCACAGAGUAUUACUGUGUGACACCAGUGGCCGGGCCCUAUUACACUACCCAGACUCUGGACACUCGCUCCAGGGGCCGGAGAAGGUCCAAGAAACAGAACGUUUCGACUUCAAAUUCAGGAAGCAUGCCCAACCUAGCACAAAAGGAUAGUUUGAGGAAUGGUGUCUACUCCAAGAGUCAAGAGCAGACAUCUUCUAGUUACUACAUUGCCGGGUACACGCCGUACGCAGAGUGUGAUCUCUAUUACAGUGGUGGCUAUGUCUAUGAGAACGACAUGGAGGGACAGUACAGUGUCAAUCCUUCCUACCGGUCAUCAGCCCACUAUGGGUACGACCGCCCCAGGGACUACAGCAGGUCCUUUCGUGAAGAUGAGGUCGACAGGGUACCCCACAACCCAUACGCCACUCUCCGGCUGCCAAGAAAGGCUGCUGCAAAGUCAGAGCACAUCACCAAAAACAUCCACAAGGCCUUAGUUGCAGAGCACCUGCGUGGCUGGUACCAGCGGGCCUCUGGGCAGAAGGAGCAGAGCCACAGCACACAGACUAGCUUUGACUCUGACCGGGGCUCGCAGAGAAGCCUGGGCUUUGCUGGCCUACAGGUACCCUGUUCUCCAAGCAGCCGAGCAUCUUCCUAUUCUUCAGUGUCUUCUACAAAUGCUUCUGGGAACUGGAGGACCCAGAUAACCGUAGGGCUAUCUGAAUACGAGACCCCAGCACAUCCUUCGUACACCAGCUGCUAUGGCAACAUCUAUAAUCCUUUGUCCUCUCCAGGCAGACAGUACACAGAGACCAGUCAACUGGACGGUACAGAUGGAAGCCGGCUGGAGGACAGCCUGGAGAGUAGUGAGCAGAGGCUCUUUUGGCACGAAGACUCAAAGCCUGGAACAUUAGUCUGAACGGCAGUUGGGCCUCUGGACCACACACAGCACUGCGUCCUCACACUAGCGUGCCUUGCAGAUCGUGUUCGUCUUCCCAGAGGGCUGCUGGCUUUGGAAACCUAGAGGCAUCCACGCCGGAAGAGAAGACUCACAUGGCCCCGGAAGUGAAUCACAUACUAAGCCGCACAAAACCCCUGCACGACCACCCGCCUUUCCAAGUGCAGGCGCUAACCUCACAGAGCAAGGCCGGACCUCACGUGAGCCAUGGCCAAGAAGGACUCAGCCCUUAUGGUAGCAGGCACUUUUUAAGGGAAUAAAAGUUGUGGAAGACAGACCUCAAAACGCUGAUAAGUGCGUUCAGGGAUUCCAUAAGGAAGGAAAGAAGGACAGGGGAGAUUUCAGAGCACAAUUCAGAAUGAUGGCAGAAGGGAAACCAGAAGCUCCUUAUAGUCACUGACGUUUGAAUUGGUAAGCAGGAGAAGAAUUGCAUACUGUGUCUACCUGGACAUGAGCAGUUUAGACAGUAUUUGAAAAUUACUUGAAAAGCUGGAUUUUCAUGAAGUUCUGGAUGAGUGUAAAUGUUUCUAGUCAAUGAUCAAGACUGAUGGUUUUCAUAAGCACCAUAAAAUGGGUUCUGGAAAGACUUAUUGCUGUAGCAUCCUGUAAUAUAACGUUCUGGUAGCAGAUUGGGGAAAAUGAAGCAGCCCAUUGAAUAACUGACAAACUCUGCUUGGAGAAUUUUCUGAGGUACAAUAUCACUGAGUUCCUUUCUUUCUUUCUACGCCAAUGGCAUUAUUAUUCAGGCUGGUAACUCUCCAACUCGGCUGUCAUUGAAAUGGUAAACUUGACAUGGAGAGUUUUUAUAAUCAAGAGUUUGAAAAAGUAUUUUAGGGUGAUACAGAAAGAACCCAACACAGCAUAAAGAAAAAAGAAACACACAGACGAAAACCACAUCAUUUUAGAUGAAUUGCGUGCCUUAAAAUUGUGGACAUUAGAAAAGGAAGCAUAUUGUCUGGAUUCCACAGGUAGUUCUAAGUCACCAAGUGACAAAAACAAAAUUAGUUAUUAAAAACAAAAGCAAAAAAACCUCCAAGCUGCAGUAGAUUUAAUUAUGAGGCUAAAACUACCUCAUACUUUUUCUUGGGAGAACUAAUUCGCUGUGGUUUAUUAUAGGGUGUUUUGGUUUUGUUUUUGUUUUUUUUUUUUAAGCAACUAUUUCCAUAUUCCAGAUACAUCUUUUUUGUCAUCUUUACUCUGCUUCAGAAUUCCAUAAAAGGUGCUCCUUCCAUCUCUUUUAUACAGGUUUCUUGUUCAUAUUGUGAAUAGAGAAGUUUCUGAACAACUUUUUGGGAACAUUUUCUACGUAUAUUCCAAAGCAUGUAAUAUAUACAUAAAGAUGAUUUGUUAAACUGGU